GAGAUCAAGAAGGCAUACAAGAAAGCAGCGUUGACCCACCACCCGGACAAGGGCGGUGAUGCUGACAAGUUCAAGGAGUGCGGGGCCGCAGUUGAGACCCUCACAGAUGAGAGGAAGCGGGCCGCCUACGACUCCACCCUGAUCCGCCUCCGCUCCAAGGAUGGCCUGGGAGGCGGCGUGCCCCGCUUUGCGCGGGACUCCUCCGCAGACCGGCGGCCGCCAGGCCCGGCCCCAGCCCCGGCUCCAGCCCAGAAGCCCCCGGCGCCCAAGCCGGCGCCGAAGCCUUCAGGGGCGGUGGAGAUCCCAUCGGAUCCCAGCAGCCUCAGCAUCAAGGAGCUGAAGGAGCUGCUGUCGGCCCUGGGCAUCGACCACGAGAACUGCUUGGAGAAGGCGGACCUGCUGUCUUUGCUCCGGGACCGGAAGGACUGGGGGCGAGCGGGAGUCCAGCGUGCCGCGGAAGCCGCCGCCCGCGCCGGCGCCCAGCGUGCCGCAGGCUACGCCCAAAGAGGGCCGAGCGUUGCGGGUGAAGGUCAUGUCCACAGGCUCUGCUACCGCGGGCAAGAGCACGCUGAUCAAGCGCUACUGCGAGAGCCGGUUCGUGCAGACGAAGUACAUCCCCACCAUCGGCAUUGA